CAGCGAUUAGGGCUUGCCGCGGGGGCGGAAGGUCAAGGCAUCGGCAUGUGAGCAAGGAGGAACUGAUCUGGUGAUCAGCGGUGCCUCGGCUGUAGGUGGCCAUAAUCCUUCACGGCAGGGGGGUUAUGAACUAGAGGAAGGAACAGGCUGUUGCUUAUGUUUUUCUGAUUGAUGCAGGUCAUGUGGCUCUCCUUGCUGAAUACAUUGGCCUAGCCUUUCUUACGAUUCCUUUGGACCCCAGCUCAUUGAGAAAAAAGCCCACCAAUCAUCUGUGUUGUAUAAGGAGUCAAGAUGCAUGACAGUCUACAACACUGCAUUGAAGAUUGAACAAUGCGUGGAGGCCAAUGCCUUGUUUAGCCACUAUGAGUGCGAAGAUGAAACUUGGAUGGAGUAAUGCAAUGGCUGUUUGGAGAGGAUAUAUAUAUCUCGCUGGCUAUGUGCUCCAUUGGAAUGGUCGGUUGUGUUGAACGCAUUUUGAGAUGAAAUGGUUGAACAUUUCUUAAGACUGAGAUGAUUUAACCAAAAAUAGUUACAUGAAAGGAUUGAACAAGUUUGAGGUUUCUGGGAAAUUGCAACAUGCAAAAAAGGACAAAUGACCAGAUCUAGUUUUUCUAACUGAAUCAAAUGUUCAGAUGGAUCGGUUGCUUCGGCUAUAAGGAAUGGAUCCCCCUGCCAUCAAGAUGAUGAUUCUCACGAUAGCAAAAGAAUGAUAUAUUCAGGGCCAGAACUUCCAGAGGACAUCUGGUGUCACAUACAUUCCCUAAUGCUGCUGCGAGAUGCUGCUCGCGCUGCUUGCGUGUCUCGUGCCUUCUUUCGUUCCUGGAGAAGCCAUCCCCACCUCAUGUUUGAUAUUCUCAAUAUUGGCUGUCCUGGAAUCGGCAGGGGUUUUACCAGCAGAGUUGACCCCAUCCUGAAAAACCACUCAGGCAAUGGCUUGAAGACACUCAAGCUUGAUUUUACUGAUUCUUACGAUGCCAAGGCCAGUAGCUGUAUUGAUAGCUGGCUUCGAAUUGUUAUUACAGCAGGAAUCGAAGAACUCUCCCUUAAGAUGUUUUCAAGGAAGGGAGAGUACAACUUCCCAUGCUCACUUCUGUCUGACGAAAGUGAAAGCUCUAUUCGGUAUCUUCGCCUUGUGAAUUGCACCUUCCGUCCCACAGUCAGACUUGGUAGGCUGAGAAGCCUGACGACACUGCAUCUGUGUGAUGUGCGUAUUACCGGGGAUGAGUUAGGGUGCCUUCUUUCCAGCUGUAUUGCUUUGCAGCGUUUGGAGCUCAGGAAAUGUUCUGAGAUAACUUGCCUGAAGCUACCUUUCCUGCUUCAGCAGCUCAGCUGCUUGCAGGUAUCUGAAUGCCGCCACCUGCGAAUGAUAAAAAGCGAAGCUCCAUCUGUUUCCAGUUUUCAGUUUCGUGGUGGCAAACUAAAGCUCUUGCUUGGUGAGUCAUUGCAGUUGAAAAACCUAAACAUUGACUAUUCCCACAGUAUUAUCUAUUAUGCAUGUAAAGAGCUUCCAUCCAGUGCGCCGAAUCUUGAAAGUCUUACCAUAUAUUCUACAUAUGAGAAGCUCACCACAACAAUGGCGCCUAGCAAGUUCCUUCACCUAAAGUACUUGGGAAUUUCUCUUUGUUGCACCUAUGAUUAUUUAUCUUUGGUUUCUUUUCUUGAUGCUGCCCCAUCCUUGGAAACAUUCAUACUUAAGGUAUUAAUACCUCCAGAGCGUGUGGAAUGUCAAUCUAUUUUUGGAGACACCUCACCUUUUCGGCGAGUGCCAGGAUACCGCCAUGGCAAGCUCAAGAGAGUGAAUAUCGCUAGGUUCUAUUCAGCAAAGAGCUUGGUUGAGCUGGCAUGCCAUAUUCUCGAGAAUGCAACAUCACUCGAGUGCCUUACAUUGGAAUCCACUGCAGGCCAUUAUAGGUGUGGUCUCACUGGGUCAGCCAAAUGCUAUCCCAUGAGUAAUCACAAGGAAAUUCCGAAAGCAAUCUUGGCAAUAAGAACAUAUAUCGAGGGAAUAGCUCCACCUACAGUUGAUCUGAAUGUUGUGAAGCCCUGCGACCGGUGCUAUGUUAUUUAGUUCCAUAAAUAAGUUUAUUAGCACUGUAGUGUCGCCCUAAUCUGAACGGUCCAAUCUUUUUUUUUUCUAAACAGUGUAUGAUAGGUCGAGUCUUCAUUGCAGCGUUCUUUCGUUUCCAGAGUUAAACUUCAAGACUGGCCGGCCUUUAUUUGUUUGCAAUGUGUAUAGUUCAUUAAUUGUAGCAAGUGGUAUUUUUCUGUUCCUCGCA